GCUAUAAAUUAUUUCUCUCGGUGUGCUAAAAUGAAUAUCUCAGCUAUAAACCUGGCAAUGCCACCAACCAGUCUAUCAGUCAAAUCCCGCCACGUGGCGGUAAUUGGAGCUGGUGCCGCCGGUCUCGUGGCGGCGAGAGAGCUCCGACGAGAGGGUCACUCGGUGGUCGUAUUCGAACGCGGCCACGAAGUCGGCGGCACUUGGGUCUACACCCCUCAAGUCGAACCCGACCCUUUGGGACUAGACCCAGACCGACCCAUCAUUCAUUCUAGCCUCUAUAGCUCUCUUCGAACCAACCUCCCGAGAGAAGUCAUGGGGUACAUCGAUUUCCCCUUCGUGACCCGACCCGGCGAGAAUAGGGAUCCGAGGAGGUACCCUGGUCAUAGGGAAGUCUUGUUGUAUUUGAAGGAUUUUGCAAGAGAAUUUGGGGUUGAAGAAAUGGUGAGAUUCGAGACUGAUGUGAUUAAAGUUGGAAUUUUGGGGGAUGGGAAAUGGAAAGUAAGGUCCAAAAAGUCCAGUUUUAACGAUAAUAAUGAGAUUAUUAGUAAAAGUAACGCUGAAUUUGAUGAUGAGAUCUAUGAUGCUGUUGUUGUCUGUAAUGGACAUUACACUGAGCCUCGUAUUGCUGAUAUUCCAGGCAUUAAUUUAUGGCCAGGAAAGCAAAUGCAUAGCCAUAAUUACCGCAUUCCGGAGCCUUUUAGAGAUCAAGUUGUAAUUGUAAUAGGGAGUUCCGCAAGUGCAGUUGACAUAUGUAGGGACAUAGCUCCGUUUGCCAAAGAAGUACAUGUUGCAUCUAGAUCAGUGGCGGAUGAAACAUAUACGAAACAGCCUGGUUACAAUAAUUUGUGGUUUCAUUCCAUGAUAGAUCAUGCACAUGAAGAUGGUGCGGUGGUUUUCCGAAAUGGGAAAACAGUGCUUGCUGAUCUCAUUAUGCACUGCACUGGGUACAAGUAUCACUUCCCUUUCCUUGACACAAAAGGCAUUGUGACUGUGGACGAUAAUUGUCUUGGACCACUAUACAAGCACGUCUUUCCCCCAGCCUUAGCCCCAUACCUUUCAUUUAUUGGGAUACCAUGGAAGAUUGUUCCUUUCCCCUUAUUUGAGUUUCAAAGCAAAUGGAUAGCCAGUAUUUUGUCCGGUCGUAUUACACUUCCAUCACAAAAGGAAAUGAUGGAAGAUAUUCUAGCAUUUUACUCGACACUCGAAGUCUCUAGCAUACCAAAACGGUAUACUCAUUGCAUUGGUCAAUCUCAGUUUGAGUACAAUAAUUGGCUUGCUACACAAUGUGGUUGCCAAGGUGUUGAAAAAUGGAGAGAAGCAAUGUAUUCUAUGGCUUCGGUGAAUCGGAGUCUUCGACCAGAGAUGUACCGUGAUGAAUGGGAUGAUCACCACCUGGUUUCAGAAGCUUAUGAGGAUUUCAUGAAGUACCCUUCAGCAUCAAACCUUUAGAGACAAAAAAUUGAAAAAUAAAAAUCAAUUUACAAUGGUGAAGAAUGUCAGUCACCCUGUUGUAUACAACCCGGGUCUGUACCGUGGCAGGGUACUAUUCUACCACUAGACCACUGGUGCUUGUGUGAUGAAAGUCUCGAUAUACAUAAAUCUAUCACAAGAGUUAUUAAACGAAGAGAAUUGAAGGAGAAUCAACUAUAUGAAUUUUAUUGAAUAUAGAUCUUCCACUAUCAUCUAUACAUCAAUUGCAACUAUUCUUGUA